AAAUUUUUCCAGAACAAUAGCAACACUCAAAACGAUCAGUAAAAAGAUUCAUUGAAAAACAAAAGUUUUUAUUAAGUUUAAACUUUAAACUACAUUAAGUACGAGUACUGUACUUCUACUUUACAAAUUACAGAUAUGUACAGUACUUCCACAGUGAUCGGUUCUGCAAAGGAAAUUUGUAUCCUGUUUCCGAGCGAAUGUUAUUUGUUCUAUCGGGGUGCGAUAUAUCAAUCCUUGGAUAAAAAUGCCGGAGCCUGACGAAUUAGCAUCAAACAGAUCUCAGUCCCAUUUCGGAUUCAAAUCUAAUCCAUUGGAUCGCUUGUUUGUGUCGCAUGGCGGUCUGUCCUCGCUGUGUUUUGAUCGCAAUGCCUUUUUUGAGGAUUCCUUUGAUGUGGAUAACUUCCUUAGUUCGCAUACACAGCGUGGAAUUUCGCUCGAAGUUCUUAAAGACGAUCUUGCGACGUAUCGAAAAAUACUACAGUCCGCUUUGGUGCAGCUGAUUGAUCGCGAAUAUGCUGAUUUCGUCCACUUAUCAUCUAGUCUGGUUGGCAUUGAUAAAAACGUCGAAAAAAUAAAAUAUCCUGUGGAAACUCAUCUUUCCCAAGCUCAGAAAUUUGUUAUGGAUAUUGAGGGCCAUAUAGCUACUUUGGAAAGCAGAAUACAGCGUCGCCUGGAUGUGCAGUCAAUGAGAAAGCAGUUGCAGUGUUUGGCUUAUGCCAUGAAGUGCUUGGAAAUUAUCCACCAGCUAGAUAUCCAGCUGGCAGACAGCACAUCGGCGCAAGAGCGUCUGCCCAUGCUGUACCGUCUUUCGGAUGUUUUCCUCAGAAUUUACGAGGAUGAAAAACUCAUCGCCCACACUUCUUGGUACAGUUCGGUACGAGAGCGUCUAACCAUUGCUGAUGCGUCUUUUGCAAAAAUACUGGGAGAAGAUUUACUGAGCGGCGUGCAGUCCGGUGUGGCUCAGAGAAUUCAGGAUUACUCUAUUAUUUAUCAGCACAUCGGCCGGCUACCUACUGCUUACCAAGUCGUUGCGGAGGGAUCGGUUAAACCUGCACUAACGUCGGUGGUGCUGGAAAUGCGUUCUCAGGAUAGCGAAUUGAAAGAUCUGCUCAAUUCAUUAUUUGCCGCCAUUGAGGAAAAGUUUUAUUUUUUAAUCUACGUGGAUUACGCUGACUUCGCAAUGCAGUCAGUCUGGACGGCAGUUGCAAAUCUUCUAACAGUCGAAGCCAGUGCCUAUUUUCUGCCGGAUUCUCCGGAUCAGUUUCAUCAGAACUACCGAGCCAGCAAGCAGUUUAUGUCCAGCUUUGUUGGUUUGUUUUCUGUGGUCCAAAAAGAUUUCGCCGAAAGAUUUUGGAGACAUCCAGGGACAAUCAGCUUCUUGGAGAAAUGGUCGCUUCCUGUUUAUUAUCAGGUCAGAUUUUUGGAAAUUGGCGCGCCGGUCGAAAAAGUUUUGUCAAAUAAUAUCACGACAACGGAUGGAAAGAGUGGUUUUAAACUAGACGCUACAAUCGUUUUGUGGAAGUCCAUACAAAAGUGCUGGAACAAUGAGGUCUGCCUUCCAGAACUACUUCAUCGCUUUUGGAAACUGACACUUCUGCUUUGUGCACGCUAUCAAUCAUGGCUUGAAAAGUCCGUGGCUAUCUCUGACAUUUCGUCAGUAACCUCAGAUAUUUUGAGUGAUUUAACGAUUCUGCUCGAGCGUGUACCAAUGCUUCCGGACUCUGUGGUUGCGCCAUAUCUUGUGGAAUUCCCUGUAGAUAGGUCAGCUGUAUUAAGGUCAAUGCAAGAUAGCCUCGGUGACACACUGACGGCAUUUCGCAAUCUGGAGCGCCUUUUCCUGGACAAGCUGGCCUCUUCUGUUGUGCUGGAUAUGAUGGAGAUACUUAAAUCUCUACAAGAUAUCCCUCGGAUAUACAGAAAAACGAACCGAGAAGCUCCUUCGAUAUAUUCUCCCUAUGUGGACGCUGCCUUCGAUUUGUUAGGGAACAAACUGAUUCCAUCAUCAGGAAUUACACCGUCGCAAAUAGAAUAUUGUUCUCGGACUGUCAUUGCGAAUGUUGCUAAACAGUACGGCGGUAUGGCAUUGGAUUUGCUGGAUGCUGUAAAGAGAAUGGAAGAAAGUUUGAAAAAGCUGCGAAAGACUCGGGUUAUUGUGGAUUCUACUGGUGUCAGUGAUGAUGAUAAAAUUCGCUUGCAGCUGGCUUUGGACUUUUUGCAGAUGGAGACACGCAUUCAACAACUUGGCUUGGAUGUAUCACUUUUUGAAGAUUUUAUCACGACGAAACAACGCGUACUUGAGGAGAAACCACCACCAGCUCGUUAAGUCUUCCCGUAGGAAAUUGCGUUUCCAGUUCGGUUUUUUUAUUAAAUUGAAUAUUUCUGCCAUGAUGCAUUUGUACUUGAAAGGUUUAAAGUCACUCUAAAGAUGGUUUGUCGCGAAAAUAAAAGUGAUAACUACGAAA